AUGUCUGCUCCUGGUGGUGCUGAAACUAAACAAGAACACCCGUCCUAUUGUCCUAUUGGCUGUAUGCCUGCUGAAGAUGAUAGGGGUAACUGUUCAUUACUCAUGUCAGCAUAUAUACUUGCCGGACUUGCUAUGAUGCUCAAUAUUAGACUCUCAUAUAGUUCUGCUCCAUAUGCACUUAUUAGAUUUAAGUUACCAGAGAAUCUAUUCAGUGUAUUUGUUAGAAGAAUGGCAAGUUCACUGGAACUCUGGUGUCUACCAGGUUUCAUCAUUGCUGACUCAAUCGAACUAGCUGUUAAACUAAUCAUCAAAUUCGACACCAGCUAUGGCGACAACUCACUCAAAUCCAAGGAACUCAAGUUCUAUGCCAUCAUAGUUCCCUCCGUUGUUGCUCAAUGGUUAAAUUUUCUCACCUAUGUACUAUUACUAGUUGUUUAUGUGAUGGGUGAUGACCAAGGUCAUCUAACUACAUUUUACUUUGUUAUUGCAGCAUCUGGAUUUGUAUUUGGAAUCAAUAACGUAUUUGUUUUUGCUGCUGAUUAUAAUUAUAUACCCAUCUAUAUUGCCGGUGAAAACUGUUUUCCAGCACUAACCUCAUUCAUACACUACAUUACUACUCUGAUAUUUGGUAAUCGAAGGAAAUACGAUAGUGACUUCAUAAUUGUCUACAUUGACAUUUUUGUAGCUAUCAUAAUAUCAUUUGUGGCAGCUAUAGUGUGGACUAUAGCUUAUGGAUUGUGCCCAGAUGCUUCUUUUGAUGGUAAAAUUACUUAUACUACUACUAACGAUAUCACUAAAAUCAUCGUAACUGGUAUUCCUACUACUGAUACUAAUGAGGAGACUAUUACUAUUACUGGGGGUAAGGUUAAUAUUAAAACCGGUACCGUUAAAGACGGUAACUGUACUUAUGCUCCUAAGACUACUACUCUUACUGAUAGUAAGGCCACUAUUACUCCUCCUAAGGAUGGUAAAGCUACUCUCACAAUUGAUAUUAAUGUUAAAACUACUGCUCCUGAGGCUGUUCUUAAUGCUCUUGCUCAUCUCGCUAGUCCUCUUAAUUGUAAAGUUACAGUGGAUACUGCUAAGAAUACUCUUACUAUUACAAUUGCUCCUGCUACUGCUGAGGAUAAGUGUAUUGAAAUUGAGAUUACUGCUGAUGAUCUUGGUGCUGAUGCUCUUAAGGGUACUACUAAGGCUACUGUUAGGGUGGAUCCUGCUCCUAAUCAUCUUACUAUCAAAUAUGGGUCUGAGAAGGAAAUUUCAUUUGCUGUUAAAAUUACUGAGGCUGAGGAGACUCAGGGUAUGACUGCUAUUACCAAGGAUAUUGCUGAUGGAAUUAAGAAAACUGCUGAGGCUGCUCCUCCUGGUUCCAAAAAUUAUUAUUAUGUCACUCAUACUAAAACUAAUAUCCGAUACUCUAUUACACUCAAAAAUCAGCUUGAGGCUGCUACUGCUAAUACUAUAAAUAAUGCUCCUGCCACUAUUAUUGUUGAUUAUGGUCAUAUAUUUGCUGAAGGAUUCUCCGAUACUAGUGCCAAACCAUCUAUGGUUUCACCGUUACUGAUUGUCCUUGUUGGUAUGGGACUUGUCUAUGCUAUAUAUCCUGGAAUUGCACCAGGUAUGAUUGUACCAUUUUACCUAGUUGAUAAGAUUGAGAUGAUACUUCUGAUAGCUACCAUAUUUCCACCAGUAAUAAUUGCACUACUCCAAAAAUUCUAUCCAAACUGGUCUCCUAAAACUAAAUACGUAUGGCAUGGACCUCAGGCAAAAAAUAAUGGUUUUGGUGGAUGGACACAAUACCCAGACAAAAAAGAAUCCACACACGAAUUCUACAUCGGAGAAGACGAAUGCGAAGACUCUGGUCAACACUUUGAUGUCCAUGCCUAUCUAUGGCACCUAUUUGAUCUCCUUAUCGUCACUAUGAUCAUUCUAGCCUAUCUAUUUAUAUAUUCACUUCACUAUACGGAUUCCAAUAUAUCCAGGUCAAUUGUUAAUCAACCUAAAAUGUCUACUGCACUAACUAUUAUAUUUUAUAUGUGUCAUGAGAUAUCAUUAGCUGUAGGAUUUCCAGGUAUGGUAGCUAACGCAGCUGAAUAUACAGUCAUAGCUCAAAUGGUGGGUGCAUUCCUUAUGGUCUUCCUAGCUCUCUAUUCAGAGGGAUACAUUAUAGAAUAUAAAAGUCAUGAUCCUGCACAUUGGCCCACAACGGGAAUGACCCCGUGGAACGCGUUUUGCUAUUAG